UUUCAGAGUCUGGCGGCCUGGUCCCUUUAUUGACUGGAAACAUCCAAAAGAAGGGAGCCGGGGGUUUUAUUUUAGAAGAAGAAGAAAUGGCGAAGUCCUGUAAGGGCCUUGCUAUGGAAUUGGUCAAAUGCCUCAGUGAAUCCGAUUGCGUUAAGGUUGAGAAGAAGAGUUUCAGGGAAUGUGCUAAAGAAAAGAGUCCAUGUAUUCCUAGUGAAUGUGUUGGACUCAGGGAAACUUACUUCAAUUGCAAGAGAGGACAGGUGGACAUGAGAGCUCGAAUACGCGGAAAUAAGGGCUAUUAAUUGGUAGUGCUGGUGCAAAUUCCUCAAAUAGGAAGCAUGACAUUUUUCCUGACUGGGACGCAUGUGUUGUACAUGCAGUGUCUUUGUACAAAUUGCGAUCUACAUUUUUCUCAGCGAUAGCACAUAUUACAAGCUUCUUGGAUACACAAUUACUUGACAGAUUUGUACUUGGUGCUUCGAACCCUUCUUAAUUUUGAAUAGUGUUGAUAUUGGUUUUGAAGUUGUGGAAAAAGGUUUAGUUCUCACUUCUCAUCCUGAAUGACUAAUUUGUUUUUCUUUCACUGAUGUGCCACGGAGAGAUGAUUUGCUUAUCUAUUUCUUAGCACAAGUUCUUGGUGGGGUUAUUGGUCCACAAUUGAAUAAAAUGAAUCUUUUUGAA